UACUAUGAACAUCUAGCAUAUAAUAGCCAAUUAAUUUGGCAUUAUUUAACUCGAAGUUUCAUAACCGUUGUAUAUAUUCAACAAGUGCAUCAUUUGUUUUAUUACGUCGCGUUCGUUGGAGAACCUAGCGAACUGUCGCUAAGCGCUGUACAAUUAAACCCCAAUACUAUUAUGUUGUAUCUAAUAAUUAUAAAUUGGUUGUUUCGGAGAGGUCAUAGACACUUGUGACUUCCUUAUUUAGCGCACUUCGCCAACUUUAACGGAUAGCCAAAACAGGCCACCUUGUCUUGUUGAACAAAGACUGAAAACUUUCGACUAAUGCAUUUACUUAGAAGUGGAAACAAAAAAGGGAACACAAAAAUAAGAAUAUAUUUAUGACCAGCAGUGUACAAUCUUUAUAUACGUUCAAGCUGUUUAUAUUCUACAAAUUCUAACCAGGUUGUGAUAAUGUAUCAACUAGUUUGUCCAGUUAUUCCACAUUUUAUCCAACUGCAAAACAUGUAUUUCCACAAGGCAUUGCCAGCCAUUGGAAUCUACUUCUUAAGGCCAAGCUACCCUGGAUGAAUCAAUGAUGAUUCUUAGCAAUGUUAUUCAGCAACAUCAUCCAUUAACUCCUUUCUUAUAGACCACUCAAGUAUAUAGGUCAGUUGCACAAUUUUCUAGGAAGUAAUGCCAACUCACCCGUUGUUGCCAUAUGUGGAAAGUCCAGAUGGACUUGGACAAGAUAUUCUGAAUAUUAGUGGAGGUGCUAGCAUGCCAGGGUCCGGCUCCAGCAUGACCCCUCACAGUACCAUGGCUGACAAGGUUGAGCCUCAGCCUGAGGGAAGCCUGCUGCAAGUGCUGGACUGCAUGUUUUGUGAGCAGACCUUCACACACCAAGACGACCUGGGCCCACACGUCUUGACCCAGCACCCCACAACGCUGUUUGAACCAGCUGUUCUGCGUGUGGAGGCAGAGUUCUUGAUCCCAGGUGAGAGGGCCUGUUCCAAACCCAACUCGCUGUCUGUAAAGCAGGUGGAGGUGCUUAGCUGUGUUGUGUGUGACCAGGCUACAAAGGACGCCAGUGAGCUGGAGAGCCACAUGAGGACACACAAGGACUGUUUCACCUUUCACUGUAACCUUUGUGGCCGGCGCUUCAAGGAACCUUGGUUUCUUAGGAACCAUAUGAGGUUCCAUAAGCCUAAGCCCCAGCAGAACCUGGACAGUCCGGUUAUUAUCAAUGAGGUCAUCCAAGAUGAAGUGUCAGAGCCGGUAACUACUGCUUACAAAAUGUGCUUUGCCUGUGGUUUCUUUUUCCCCGAUAAAGACAGUUUGCUGGAACACAGCAAAGUACAUUGUAAAGAAUUUGAGGCUGAUGGAGAACAAGAGAAGCCUAGGCAGGAGGAUUCCCUCAGUCAACAAGGUUUUUUACAGGGCCUCAACUUAUGCCCCCUAUCUGGGAAAAGUAGUACAACACCAGAGAGAUCCUCCAGGUGGAUUGCCCAACUAGACCCUUUCAACACUUACCAGGCAUGGCAACUUGCCACAAAGGGGAAGGUUGCUGUUGGUCCCAGUGUGGCUAAAGACAUAGGCCUGGGCCAAGAGAACAGCUCAGACAACGAGGACUCAGGCUCUGAUAAAGAACUGGCGAAAAUCUGGUCGGAAGGCCAAGGAGUUGACAACAAGUGUGUUAAAGAAGACUUGGGUCGGGAGCUGAGGUCCAGACAGCCUGCGGGAGAGACCACGUCACCAGAGCCAGAUCCGAAGUCUGUUCGAAAUGACAAGCCAACACAUUGUGAGGACUGUGGGAGGACGUUCCGGACCUAUCAUCAGCUGGUUCUCCACUCCAGGGUGCACAAGAGGGAGAGAGGUGAGGGGGAGAGCCCCUUAGCCGGCAUGGAAACCAAGGUCACCCAUGCAGGGUCUCCCAGAGAAGAGGGGUCUGAAGAUGGGUCAGAAGAGGGAGUACGUGGAGAUGCCUUCUAUUCAGAUAAAAGUGAUGUCUUUGAUCAAAUGAAGGUGAAACAUCUUGUGUCAUCCAGGGAAUGUAGUUACUGUGGCAAGACAUUCCGUUCCAGCUACUACCUCAACAUUCACCUCAGGACGCAUACAGGUGAAAAACCAUACAAAUGUAUAUACUGUGACUAUGCUGCGGCCCAGAAAACCUCACUGCGGUAUCACUUGGAUAGACGCCACAAGGACAAACCUUACACGGACAUCCCGAAUAAGCCUGCGGUAUCUGUGCCAUCACCCAGUGAGAAAGAAUUCGCCAAAAAGAGAGACGACAAACCCGUCUCUAACCGAUCCAAACUAUGGCCGACUCCCAACGUCAGGCCUUCAACCAAACUGUGUGCCAGCGUCAAACCGGAGGAUAGAUUAAAUACUGUCGGUGGCAACUUGCGCCCACUUGCUCAGGUCAAUGCAGAGAAUGGAAAAUGGAUUGCUACAGGUACGAACUCCUCUACUGAUGACACACAAUGCCCUGUACCUGUUAACCUGAAGAUGGAAGAAAAGGAGAUCCCAGAUGAGGCCCCAUUGAAUUUGUCCUUGAAAGUGUCCAUUUCCAUAUCGGCCAACUUGAUGCCAAGGAAUGCAUUGAUUUCCAAUGCCUGUUCGUCUUGUGCCUUCAGCACUCUCUACCCAGAGGUCUUGCUCAUGCACAGGAAACUGGUACAUAAAGACAAGUUGGACACGACCAAGAAGAACAGAAUUCUAAAACUGAAGCGUUACACUGGCUGCCCCCCUGCCCUCGAAGGAAAAGAUGUCCCUCCGCUGCCUGCUAUAGAUCGGAGACACCCUCGCCGGACUAAAUCCCCAACCCCCCAGCCUCCUGGAAAACCUCCAGAGAAGAGUCACUCUAACCCUCCUCAUCGACCUACAAGGUCUCUCCCCAAUGAAGCCCAGAGGGAGAUGGGCGCUCGAGGCCUGGACACUCAACGGUACAAGAUGAUGAUGAUGGAGCCUCGUACCAGCCAGGCCCUGUCCAGGAUUACAGAGCCAGCAGAACAAACCAACACUAAUGGAAGAAAAGAUAAUGUGCCUGGAGUGGACCGAUCGAGGCCGAGCCCUUCGGACAGCCGAGUGCAGAGCAGUCUGAGAAGCGCCCCGGUGAGGAACGGUAGUGGUGUAAUCUGGCCCCCCGAUGCUACCAGACUGUGCCUCUCCAGCCGGUUUGGUAGCCUGCCCCCAGUGGACUUUGGUGGGGAACCCUCUAGUAAGAGACAGAGGUACUCUGGGCUCCCUGGACGGGAAACGGACUCUGAUACAGGCUUUAGGAAAGAGGACGGGUUCCACAGACUGCUGCCCUCAGGAAGAAACAGUAAAAACUCCUCUUCGUCCCAAGGAACCCCUCCGUCAUUCAGCCGGCCUCAUGCCCGUGCUCCAGUCAAAGCGCCCAACCCUCCAGCAGCAGCAAGCGGCGGCAGUAUGGAGACUGACUGGAAAAUGAUCAACAUCCUUCGCUCUUACAGCCCCAGUGACCUGGCCUCCCUCUACCACCCCGCCCUGGGCAAUCCCAGCCAUGGAGCAGUGCCUAACCCCAGAGGGAGUAGGCCAUCACUCCACCCUGCUAGUAUGCUACAGACAAGAGACUACUCCAGCGCCAUCAGCAAUGAGCACCGUGGUCCUACUGAUAAAAGUACUUAGCUGUUCUGAUGUGAACUGAGAAGAUCAUGAUUCCACCAUCAUCUUUUGAGAGCGUAUCUACAGGAAAGGCCCAACCCAUAGAUGACCCACACUCACUGUGGAUGUUAAUCCACAUGCAUCCAAUACCCCCCGUUAUGUUAGUAUGUAUAAAACAAAAAAAAAACAAGACUGUUUUGAACAUCAUUGUUAUGGUUGCACUGGAUAAAAAAUGUAAAAGGAUAAUGUUUUCAGAGUAUAUGUUGUUUUUUUUGUUAGUUAAUAUGCUGCUCUGUCUGGUAGGUCAGCAAUCAAGGGACUGUGUUCCUGUCAAAGCACUGGUGUUUGGUACGGUGUUGCCUCCUAUAGCUUGACCUCUUAGUUUACGACUAUAUUAGCUAGCGGAAUAUUGUUGCAUGUUACCUGAAACUCAAGUUAAUAGACUGAUGCUCAAGUGGUCAGUUAUACUGGUGACUUAAAGCUGCUGUCGCUGGCAUGUCUAGUAACGAGACAGUGAAUUUUGGAGAGUUGAUAUCAACAUGUCUGAUGUGCCUCUAGGUAGUAGUUCUUCCCUGGACAAAAAAAAAAGAUAUGAUCAGAGCUUGAAACCAGUGAUUCCUGCUGCCGGAUUCUGUGAAGUGUCCAUUGAAAAGGCUGCUGGUUCAUUUAAAAUCUUCAAAACCCACUAUGCUGGUUACGAAGUGGUAAAACAUGGACCAAAUAUUAAGAGAAUUCCUGAGGAACUCUAAUUUUCAUGUGCAAGAAUAUUGUUCAGUUUCAACUUGUUUUAGACAGACAGUUAUUCCUUACAUAUUAUGAACUCAUGUUAUGUCACUGUUCAUUUUAUGCAGGAUGUUGAUUAUUGUAUUAUUCUCCUUUUUUUUUUUUGCAUCAGAAUGUGUUGUUACGGGUUUCCCUGCCUGUGGAUUGUCUGACACACUGUUGUCUACUACUUGUUGAACUGUAUUGAGAGCAGAACGGAAGUCUCACUGCAGGAAUAGAGUAUCUCAAAACAUUGUACACUGUGAAGAAAAGAAGUCUCAGGUUUCAGACAUCAAUUCAAUUUGAGCUCUGUUUCAAAUCUAAUUACUUUUUGCAUUAACUGUUACAAAUUUAAAGCACGUGAUAGGAAGCAUUCUGAUAUUUUCAUGGAGAUACAUCAGACUUAUUUCAUUUAUGCUGUACAUUUUUGGAGUGUUUAUUUAUUUCUGUUGAUUUUGUGUGUACAAUGUAAAAGUGAAAUAUCGUUUAAGAUUUGUAUUACCAUUACAUUAUAAUAAAGUCUGUCAUCUGAGGUA